AUGGGUCAGACUUGUGGCGGCCUUAUACAAGGUCUUAAUGGAACUAUAGAGAGUCCUGGCUUUCCCCAUGGCUACCCUAACUAUGCCAACUGUACAUGGAUCAUAGUCACUGGAGAGCGGAAUAGGAUACAGUUGUACUUCCACACCUUCGCUCUGGAGGAGGACUUUGACAUUGUCUCCAUCUAUGAUGGACAACCACAGCCGGGCAACCUGAAGAUGAGGUUGUCAGGCUUCAUGUUGCCAUCACCUAUCGUAAGUUCGGGGUCCAUUUUGGCACUGUGGUUUACUACAGAUUUUGCAGUCAGUGCCCAAGGAUUUAAAGCAAUCUAUGAAGUUCUACCAAGUCACACAUGUGGAAACCCAGGGUUGAUACCCAGAGGAAUUAUCCAUGGGACCAGGUACAAUGUUGGUGACAAGAUCCGCUAUAGUUGUGUGAUGGGAUAUGUUUUGGAGGGGCAUGGAGUGCUCACCUGCAUAGUGAGCCCAGGAAGUGGAGCAUCAUGGGAUUUCCCAGUACCAUUUUGUAGAGCUGAAGGAUCAUGUGGGGGGACAUUACGAGGAACAACAGGAACUAUAUCAAGUCCACACUUUCCUUCAGAGUAUGAGAACAAUGCGGAUUGCACAUGGAGUAUUCUGGCUGAGCCAGGGGACACUAUUGCCCUAGUGUUUACAGACUUCCAACUUGAAGACAGAUAUGACUUUCUGGAGAUCAGUGGCACAGAAGCACCAUCAAUAUGGCUGACGGGAAUGAAUUUGCCAUCCCCUGUCAUCAGUAGCAAGAACUGGCUGCGUCUUCACUUCACCUCGGACAGCAACCAUCGGAGGAAAGGAUUCAGUGCCCAAUAUCAAGUGAAGAAGGCCAUUGAGCUGAAAUCCAGAGGGGUGAAAAUGCUCCCGAGCAAGGAUACAAGUCACAAAAACACAGUCUUAAGCCAAGGAGGGAUGUCUGCAGACAUUUGUCCAGAUCCGGGGAUUCCCGAGAAUGGGAAAAGAAUUGGCUCCAGCUUCCAGGUUGGAGCUAGCAUCCAGUUUUCCUGCGAUGACAGCUACGUACUGCAGGGAUCAAAGAGCAUCACUUGCCAAAGAGUGACGGAAACCCUGGCGGCCUGGAGUGACCACAGGCCUAUCUGUCGGACUCGGACAUGUGGCUCUAAUCUGCGUGGUCCCAAAGGCAUUAUAACCUCUCCGAAUUAUCCCGUCCAGUACGAGAAUAACGCACACUGUGUGUGGGUCAUAACAGCGGUGGAUCCAGAGAAGGUCAUCAAGCUGGCUUUUGAAGAGUUUGAUCUGGAGCGAGCGUAUGAUACAUUAACCGUGGGUGACGGAGGGAAGAUUGGCGACGCUCGAAGAGUGCUUUAUGUUCUCACGGGAUCCAGCGUCCCUGAUUUGAUUGUGAGUAUGAGCAACCAGAUGUGGCUCCAUCUGCAGUCUGACGACACAAUCGGAUCGCAAGGUUUCAAGGCCGUAUAUGAAGAAAUUGAAAAAGGUGGUUGUGGAGACCCAGGCGUCCCUGCAUAUGGAAAGCGAACUGGAGAUCGUUUUUUACACGGUGAUGUGCUGACCUUUGAGUGUCAGGCAGCUUUCGAAUUGGUUGGCGAGAGGACAAUAUCAUGCCAGCAAAAUAACCAGUGGUCUGGAAACAAACCCAGCUGCGUCUUCUCCUGCUUCUUUAAUUUCACAGCUCCGUCAGGCAUCAUCCUCUCGCCAAACUACCCAGAGGAAUAUGGAAACAACAUGAACUGUGUGUGGCUCAUUAUAGCCGAGCCGGGCAAUCGGAUCCAUGUCAUUUUCAGCGAUUUCGAAUUGGAGCCCCAGUUUGACUAUCUCAUCGUGAAAGACGACGGGAUGCCAGAGCCCACCACAUUCGGAACAUUCUCUGGGAAGGAUGUACCCUCACAGAUCGCUAGUAAUGGGCAUAUCAUGCGCUUGGAGUUCCAGUCGGACCACUCAAACACGGGAAAGGGGUUUAAUAUCACCUACACAACGUUUGGUCAAAAUGAAUGUCACGACCCUGGUAUUCCCAUCAAUGGGCAGCGCUUUGGAGAGCACUUCUUAUUGGGCAGCUCAGUGCUCUUCACAUGCGACGAGGGCUUCAUUAAAACACACGGAUCUGAAUCCAUCACCUGUGUCAUCCAGGAUGGAAACGUGGUGUGGAACGCAGCCGUCCCUCGAUGCGAAGCUCCAUGUGGAGGACGUCUAACGGCUCCUGUGGGAGUCUUAUUAUCGCCUGGCUGGCCUGGAUACUACAAAGACUCGCUCAACUGUGAAUGGGUCAUCGAAGCUAGAAAGGACCAUGCCAUCAAGAUAUCAUUUGACAGGUUUCAGACGGAGGUUAAUUACGACACACUGGAGAUUCGGGACGGGCCCUCCAACUCGUCGCCUCUAAUCGGCGAAUACCACGGCACUCAGGCCCCGCACUUCCUCAUCAGCACCAGCAAUUACAUGUAUCUGCUCUUUACUACCGACAACAGCCGCUCCAGCGAAGGCUUCCAGAUCCGCUACGAGAGCAUUAUGAUGGAGACAGAUUCCUGUUUAGAUCCAGGGAUCCCGGUGAAUGGAAAAAGGCACGGGAACAAUUUCGCCAUUGGCUCCAGUGUGACAUUCAGCUGCGAUCAAGGCUAUACUUUGAGCGAUGAGGAAGCCAUUGUGUGUGAGAGGAACCAUCAGUGGAACCAUGCGUUGCCCAGCUGUGACGCUUUGUGUGGUGGCUAUAUCUACGGAAAAACUGGAACAGUUCUUUCCCCUGGUUUUCCAGAUUUCUACCCAAACUCGCUGAACUGCACUUGGACUGUCGAGGUGUCCCGUGGGAAAGGAGUGCAGCUUCUCUUCCACACGUUCCACCUGGAGGACUCUCAUGAUUACCUGCUCAUUACAGAGGACGGCAGCUUCACUGAGCCAGUGGCCAGACUCACAGGCUCUGUCCUGCCACCCUCCAUCAAAGCCGGCUUGUUUGGCAACUUCAGCGUCCAGCUACGAUUUGUCUCGGACUUCUCCAUGUCAUACGAGGGCUUCAAUAUCACCUUCUCUGAGUACAGUCUUGAGCCAUGUGAGGACCCAGGUGUACCUGCAUACAGCAGGAGAGUGGGCUUCCAGUUUGGGGUCGGUGACUCGUUGGUCUUUUCCUGUUUUUCUGGCUAUCGCCUUGAAGGAGAGAGUAAGAUCACUUGCCUGGGUGGAGGACGGAGAGUGUGGAGUGCAGCCCUGCCCAGGUGUGUGGCUGAGUGUGGAGCCACUUCUGUGGGAAGACAGGGUGUCCUGCUGUCCCCCAAUUACCCGGGAAAUUAUGACAACAACCAUGAGUGCAUCUACCACAUUGAGACAGAAAGAGGCAUGGGGAUUCAAAUCACUGCCACCACCUUCCAGCUUUAUGAGGGAGAUUUCCUCAAAUACACUGGAUCAGAGGGGGUGGUAUUAUCCCCAAAUUACCCUCUAAACUACACGACCAGCCAGACCUGUUCCUAUUACAUCACAGUAUCUGGAGAGUUUGUGGUGUUUGGGCAAUUUGCCUAUUUCCAGACAGCCAUGAAUGACUCUGUUGAGCUAUUUGAUGGGCCCAAUCAGAAUUCUAGGCUGCUAAGCUCCCUGGCUGGAUCUCAUUCCGGAGAAACCUUGCCCUUGGCCACCUCCAACCAAAUCAUGCUGCGAUUCAGUGCAAAAAGCGGCCUGUCUGCCAAAGGUUUCCAUUUUGUUUACCAAGCUGUUCCACGCACCAGCGAUACUCAGUGCAGUUCCAUCCCAGAGCCCAGAUACGGCAGACGGAUUGGGUCAGAAUUCUCAGCUGGCUCCAUUGUUCGCUUCGAGUGCAACCCUGGAUACCUUCUCCAGGGAUCCAAAGCCAUCAAGUGUCACGCUGUCCCGAAUGCUCUGGCACAAUGGAACGACACCAUCCCAAAUUGUAUCGUUCCAUGCAGCGGGAAUCUGACAGAAAGGAGAGGUACCAUCCUCUCCCCAGGGUAUCCGGAGCCUUAUGGGAACAGCCUGAACUGUGUGUGGAAAAUCAGUGUUACGGAAGGAGCUGGAAUCCAGAUCCAAGUCAUGAGCUUUGCCACAGAGCAUAACUGGGACUCAUUGGAAAUCUACGAUGGUGGCGAAAUGACAGCGCCAAAACUAGGGAGCUUUUCAGGUACAACAGCUCCAGCCUUGUUGAACAGCACCUCCAACCAGCUUUACCUGCACUUCCAUACAGAUAUCAGUGUUGUCGCGGCUGGAUUUCACCUUGAGUACAAAACUGUGGGACUCACCACCUGUCCAGAGCCUGUGAUCCCAGCCAAUGGCAUCAAGAACGGUGACCGGUACAUGGUGAAUGAAGUUGUGUCUUUCAGCUGUGAGCCAGGAUACAUACUUCAGGGACAUUCUCACAUAACAUGUAUGCCAGGAACCGUGCGGCGCUGGAAUUACCCCCCUCCACUUUGUAUUGCAAAAUGCGGUGGAACCCUUUACAAUAUGAGCAAUGUCGUCCUGAGCCCAGGUUUUCCUGGGAACUAUCCUGGAAACUUGGACUGCACCUGGAGAAUUGUGCUUCCCAUUGGAUAUGGGGCGCACAUCCAUUUUCUCAACUUCACCUCUGAGGAUAACCACGAUUUUUUAGAGAUCCGCAACGGGCCACACCACAGCAGCUCACUUAUUGGACAGUUCAGCGGAAGCCAUCUGCCGCCCCCGUUGCUAAGCAGCACGCACGAAACAGUCAUCCACUUCUACAGCGACCACUCCGAAAACAGACAGGGCUUCAAACUCACUUACCAAGCAUAUGAAUUGCAAAACUGUCAAGACCCAUACCCAUUCCACAAUGGAUACAUCAUCAGCAGCGAUUUCAACGCAGGCCAAUCCAUAACAUUCGAAUGCUUCCCUGGAUACGUGUUGGUGGGCCAUCCUGUGCUAACAUGCCAGCAUGGAAUCAACAGGAAGUGGAACCACCCCUUUCCUCGCUGCGAAGCUCCCUGUGGCUACAACGUUACAGCUCCAAACGGCACCAUUUUUUCUCCGGGGUACCCAAAUGAGUACCCAGACUCUCAGGACUGCACUUGGCUCAUCAGCGUGCCCCAUGGUCAUGGGGUUUACAUCAACUUCACCCUUCUCCAAACCGAGCCUGUGACGGACUAUAUCGCGGUCUGGGACGGCCCAGAGCAAAGCUACCCACAGCUGGGGAUUUUCAGUGGCAACACAGCCCUCGAGUCAGCCUACAGCACUUUCAAUCAGGUUCUUAUCAAGUUCCACAGCGACUUCUCGACAAGUGGAUUCUUUGUCCUCAAUUUCCAUGCUUACAGGCUGAAGAAAUGCCCUCCUCCCCCUGUGGUUGAGCAAGCAGAGGUUUUAUUUGAAGACCAGGACUAUGAAAUCGGUGAUAUUGUGAAGUAUCGAUGCUUUCCUGGAUUUACAUUGGUUGGCAGCGAUGAGGUCACCUGUAAGCUGAACUCUCAUCUGCAGUUUGAGGGUCCAACACCGGCUUGUGAAGCUCAGUGUCCUGCAAAUGAGGAACGGUCUGCCUCCUCGGGUGUGAUCCUAAGCCCGGGAUUUCCAAAAAACUACCCCAACUCCCAGACGUGCUCUUGGAUCCUCAGAGUGCAGCCUGCCUUCACCAUCUCCAUUUAUGUGGAAAUGUUCCAGAGCGAGAAGCAGUUUGACGAACUGGAGAUUUUUGAUGGGCCAUCUGGACAGAGUCCGUUGUUGGUAGCUCUGAGUGGGAACCACUCCACACAACUGAACUUCACUAGCAAAACAAACCAGCUUUACCUUAGAUGGUCGACCGAUCAUGCAACCAGCAAGAAAGGCUUCAAAAUACGCUACACAGCUGCAUACUGCAGUAUAAAUGAUGUACCCAAGAAUGGAGGAGUUGUCAAUAGGGCAAGAGACCGACCAGGCAGCAGACUUCAGUAUUACUGCAAUGCUGGCUACAGACUCGUGGGUCACAGAAAUGCCACAUGCAGACUUCAUUCUAAUGGGCUUUACCAGUGGGACAAUCCGGCUCCACUAUGCCAAGCUGUUUCCUGUGGAGUACCAGAGUCUCCAGCUAACGGGUCAUUCCAUGGCUUCCAAUACACGGUAGGCAGUAAAGUGCAGUACCAAUGCGAGGAGGGCUACAGACCUGACGCAAGCAGCCUGCUCACUGCCGUCUGCCUGGAGGACGGCACCUGGAGCAACGUGGCACAUCCAUUCCACUGUUUACCGGUUCAGUGCCCUAACAUUGAGAGCAUGCUCUCAGAACACAUGGUGUGGCGUCUCAUCUCAGGUUCCCUGAAUGAGUUUGGUGCACAAAUAAUGCUGAGCUGUUCCCCCGGCUACUAUCUAGGGGGCAGGAGAACCAUCAAGUGCUUAGCUAAUGCGAUAUGGGAAGGGCUGGAGGAGAAGUCCACCUGCAAGAUCAUUUCCUGUGGGGAACUUCCUUCCCCUCCUAAUGGCAAGAAGAUGGGCACCCUGACCUCCUACGGUGCCACAUCCAUCUUCAUGUGCAACACAGGGUAUACUUUAGUGGGCUCGCAUGUGAGGGAGUGCCAGGCUAACGGCCUCUGGAGUGGAGUUGAGACCAAAUGCCUGGCUGGUCAUUGCGAUUCUCCGGAUCCAAUCGUUAAUGGCCACAUAAGUGGUGAUGGAUCGAGUUACAGGGACACUGUCGUUUAUCAGUGCAAUUUAGGCUUUCGGCUUAUAGGGACAUCGGUUCGUAUCUGCCAGCAGGACCACAGGUGGUCAGGGCAAGCACCUGUGUGUGUUCCCAUAACCUGCGGCCAUCCUGGAAACCCUGCAAACGGCCGGACAAACGGCAGUGAGUUUAAUCUUAAUGAUGUGGUCAACUUCACCUGCAACACGGGGUAUUUGUUACACGGUGCGUCCAGAGCACAGUGUCGCAUGAACGGACAGUGGAGCAGUCCUCUACCUGUAUGCAAGGUGGUAAACUGCUCUGAUCCGGGCUUUGUAGAGAACGCCAUUCGUCAUUCUCAACAGCGCUACCCUGAGAGCUUCAACUACAGAAACACCGUGAUAUAUCACUGCAAGAGAGGCUUCUAUCUGCUCGGCUCCUCUGUUCUCACCUGCCGGUCAAACGGAUUCUGGGAUAGAUCACUUCCUAAGUGCCUUUCAAUAUCCUGCGGUGAUCCCGGAACACCGCCGCUUGCUCUCAUGUCGAGCCAGAAGUUCACUUACCGAGCUGUGGUCCAUUACUCCUGCAGCCAGGGCCGGACUCUGUUGGGGAACGGGACGCGUCAGUGUCUGGAGGACGGGCGCUGGAGUGGCUCGCCACCCUACUGCUCAGGUGAUAAUCCAGGAUUCUGUGGGGAUCCGGGAAUUCCUUCUCGCGGUUCUCGUCUUGGGGAGGAAUUCAGACAUAAAAGCCUUCUAAGGUUCACGUGUGAAGCCGGCUAUACACUGAUCGGAUCUUCAGAACGCACAUGUCUGCAGAACGGCUCUUGGAGCGGAACUCAACCUGUGUGUGAUGCUGUAUCCUGUGGAAAUCCUGGAACGCCAGCCUAUGCCAAGAUCGUCUUCAGCGACGGGAUGUUGUUUUCCAACUCAGUGACAUAUGCCUGCUGGGAGGGCUACAAGACCUCUGGCCUCACUACUCGCCAUUGCACCACCAACGGCACCUGGACCGGCUCUGCGCCAGAUUGCAUCAUUAUCAGCUGUGGAGAUCCUGGUCCAAUCGCCAAUGGAAUUUACAUCGGAAAAGAGUUCAUAUUUAACAAAACCGUCCAUUAUCGCUGUAACCCUGGAUAUGAAAUGGAUCCCCCCGGUUCAUCUGUACUACGAUGCAGCAAAGAUGGCACUUGGAAUCAGACUAAACCAAGCUGCAAAGUCAUCAUGUGUGGCCAACCUCCAGCGAUCCACUAUGGGCGAGUGGAGGGGUCCGACCUGCAGUGGGGUUCAAGUGUUACCUACAGCUGCUUUGAAGGAUACCAGUUAUCCUCUCCAGGAAUAGCCACAUGUGAAGGGAAUGGCACAUGGCGUGGUGAAAUCCCUCAGUGUCUGCCUGUGCUGUGUGGAGAUCCAGGGACCCCUGCAGAGGGCUACAUGGAGGGCCGGCAGUUCACCUAUAAAUCAGAAGUGACAUUCCACUGCAGACCUCCGUACCUGCUGGUGGGCUCUUCAAGAAGACUUUGUGAAGCAGACGCUUCCUGGAGUGGAUUUCAGCCUUCUUGCAUUGAUUCAACCAACAGUGCAUGUAAGGAUCCCGGCACCCCAGCCUAUGGAAUUCCUGUCCAGGCUCAGGGAUUUGAGGUCGGAAGCAAAAUUUUCUUCAGAUGUCGGAAAAACUAUCACAUCCUCGGCUCAACAACGAGAACGUGUUUAGAAAAUUUAACAUGGAGUGGGAUGCAACCUGAGUGUGUUGCACAUGCAUGUAGGCAGCCGGAGACACCAUCUCAUGUAGACGUAAAGGCAAUAGACUUACCUACUCUGGGUUACACCCUCAUGUAUACAUGCCAGGAUGGCUUCUACUUAGCUGGAGGAUCAGAACACAGAACCUGCAAAGCAGAUGGGAGAUGGACGGGCAAACCUCCAGUCUGCAAAGUUGGACCGAAAAUAAACAGCAAAUCAAAUGAGGAUCCAGACGUGCAGAAAAACAAGAUUCGUGUUCCAGCAGACGUGUUUUCUUUGAACUCUGGAUGGGCUGGAUUCUAUGAAUACCUGGGAAAGAGACAGGCUGCCACGGUAACAGUCAAUGCAUUCAAUGCCACGACUAGUCGGGUUAACGUCACUCUUCUGGAGCAGAGUGGGGUGCACAUUAAGCUUUCUGGAACUUACAAGAAAGAAGAGAAUCAUCUGUUAUUAAAAGUUUACCAGAUACGAGGCCCGACAGAACAAUAUUUUAGCAAAUUCAAAAAUGACAACUGGGCAAUGGAUGGAUAUGUUACAUCGGAAUCGGAGAAAAAAAUGUUUGUUUACCAAGGGCACAUUCACAGCAAGGAUUUUGGGAAGUUUCAAUUAACAAGACAAGGUCUUAUUACCACCGAUAUGGAUCCAGCCAAUCCGUACUAUGGCACAAACAGCAGCUCUGUGGCAGCUGCCAUUCUAGUGCCCUUUUUUGCGCUUAUUUUAUCAGGGUUUGCCUUUUACCUCUACAAACACAGAACAAGACCAAAAGUUCAGUACAACGGAUAUGCAGGUCACGAGAACACUAAUGGACAGGCUUCGUUUGAGAAUCCUAUGUAUGACACAAACAUGAAGCCAACAGAGGCAAAGGCUGUGAGGUUUGACACGACCCUCAAUACAGUCUGCACAGUAGUAUAGCCUUCAUUAUCAGCUCUGGACCGGCCUUGUAUGUGUGUGUAAGUGUGUGUGUGUGUGUGUGUGUGAGCAGCAGAACCAUGGGUGCCAGAUGCCAAUACUCCUUUACGACUGACUGCACUUUGCUAUCGAUGCUCCUAACUUUUAUCACAAACUUACAAAGGAUAAAAAAAAAAGAAAUAUUGGAGGACUAUUUUUUUACUGAAAAAAUAAAAUGUAAAAAAAAAACUUUUAAAAGGCUCACUUGACGCAUAUUCGUCUACUACUGAGGCCAACAUCCUUUCUGGGAGCUGUGGCACUUAAAUGAUGAAGGUUUUAUUUUUUUAUUUGAUUUUAUUUAGAUUUUUUUAAUGCAUUCCCCCUCCCUGAAAAGACUUCCAUGGAAAGUUAAUGACGUGUCUUUUGAAUGCCACAAAGUUGUCGACGCAACGUAUUUUCUUCAGUGAAGACAAAUCACAAAAACGAAAGCAACUGGACUACUGUGGCUUAGCACAUUUACUAGAUCUCCACCAAGAAAAGGCUACAAGAAACUCAAAGGAGAGACGCUCAUCUCUGGGUGGAGGACGGAAAAAAGAAACUUCAUCGCACAAAUUUUGCACUAGUAUAAAAUGGAUAUGAAAUCAAUGUAUCAAAACAAAAUAAAGGAGAAAAAAUAAUAAUAUACAGGGUUUUAUUGAUCAUAUGUGUAUAUAUAUAAAUCCGUAUCCAUAGAGGAGCAUGAUGUCAUGCUAUGGCUAUCAAGAGAGACUGAGUUUAUUUUUGAAAUGAAGUUCUGUUUAUGUUUACAAGGUGAUAAGGACACAAUUGAAUCUCCGAUCAUCAUUUUUCGGUUGCUUUUUUUAAUGCGUUCAUCACGCAGCGCAUCAGAUUAUUUCUUUGUGUCAUGUCUGAACUAGGGUUGUAACGAUACUGGAAUUCGAUAUCAAUCGGGACUGAAAUUUUAAAAACGUCUAUUUCCCAUGAACAUUUGAACGCUGUGGAGUACCAAGGUUAUUGUAGUUAAAGAAACAACGUAAACUGAUAUUUAAAAUAAUUUUCGUUAACUGAAAAAUUAUAAUUUUUUUUUUUUAUAGAACUUACUGUGUACAUACAAAACUAACCGAAACGAACUAAAAUGAUAGCAAAAAAGUCCUUCGUUUUCGUAUUUGUAAAUGUAUUGAAUACAUAAGUUGUUAAGAAGUAUAUGUAUUUACUUCGAGAAUCACGAUGCCGGUUUUACGCCUGGUGUUUGAGCCGUACGGCACAUCGGUGUCUAUAAUCCUACUGCCGUUGGCCAGAUCAAGCCAGUCCUUCUCCAGUCAGCCCUCAUUAUAGCCGCAUUUCCACUGUCGGGCCAGUGUGCGCCAGGGCUUUUAUCGGGCUGGGCCAAAAGCCCUGGAGCAUGAGCAGUGUGAGGCCAAAAUCAUGUCGCAUUUCCACUGUCACGCUAGUAGCUCGCAUUGCGUCACGCCCCCAGAAUGUCCUCUGAAUCAAACGUCACACAACCCAGAUAAAGCAUACCAUCUCAUCAUCACGAAACGAUUAAAAUGAAGACAACUGAAAAACAAAUGACACAUAACUGUACAGCAUGACAUUAUAUGUCUAUACGCAUAGGCCUAUGAAUUUCCAUUCAAUAUAUUUAUUUACUCGCCGACUGUCUCUUGACAUUGUGCAUCAAGUGGUCUCGCCACGGAGGGAUGACCCAGUGCACAACCCAUAAUAAAAAAACAGUAACCACAGAAAUUUUCCGUUAAUAACUUGGUAUAAAACGUAUUUUCUAACAUCCUCGUUUCGGUAGAUGCCAUCGAACAUUCAACCCAAAUACUCCGGAAAGACCUAAUACAUUUUAAUUUUUCCUAGACUGUAUGACACUUUCAAGAGUUCACACUUAGCUGAUAAUCAAUAAAGCGUAUUUGGCAUGCUGUCCCGGGUGAGAGCCCUGAGCUCGUAAUAUCCUCGAGCCCGGGGCUCUUUCCCGUUAGAAGGGCGAGAGCGGAGUUCGAGCUCAGGUAGGUCUCGAGGACUCCCCUGCUUGUCGCCGUGUGAGAAGUGUAAACUAGUGUCGUUUUCGGUGAUAAUUUGGUUUAGUUGAUUGGCUAUAGUUUAUGUUUUUGGACGGUGGGAGGAAACCGGGGGACCCAUGGGAAACCCACGCGAACACGGGGAGAACAUGUAAACUCCGCACAGAAACACUAACCAGCCCGAUAGGAGGUUGGACCAGCGGUGUUCUUGCUGUGAGGCAACAGUGCU